CUUUCUUCAUUUCUCUUUCUCUCUCACGGGAAUUUAAGCUUUUAUUUGUUUUUCAUUUCAUGGCUGCAUCGUUCAGACAACUUAUUUGUAAGCAGCAGAAUGAAUAAGAAGUACAUCCUUUAGCAGCGUGUUUUUAGAUGAUUUGAGAUCAUUAUCUUUCAUGACAAACAAAUCUGAGACUGUUCUCAUGUCCCGUCUGUCCUGCAUUGGUAAUCCUGCGCCUUGCAGAACGAAUCGACUGGACUGGUGCCUUCCUAUUGAGACGCAAGAAGCAUAGACACAAGCCUGCAUCUGAGCGCAACCACACCACCUUUUAUAAUUUAAACCAACACAGAAACAUACUUUUUUUAAACGUAUAAAAACACUUUUAAAUCCGGGCGUGACGGAUUUUUUUCUCCGAGAAGUUGCAUGAGCAGGAGUGACAUUACUCGACCGGGACAGCAGGAAUGGGAUUCCCGGGCAGAGCAGAGAGAGGAUGGAUGCUCCUGGUUUGGGUCGCCGCCGUCAGCCUUCUCUUUGCAGAAGGACGGAGAGUGAGGCAGCCCAGAUGCCCCGUUGGAUGUACCUGCACGAAAGACAAUGCCCUGUGUGAGAACGUCCGAUCGGUGCCUCACACUUUCCCAUCCGACGUGGUUUCACUAUCCUUUGUCAAGUCUGGAUUUAAUGAAAUCGUUGGAGCAAGCUUUGUUCACACUCCUGCUCUGCAACUACUUUUGUUCACAGCAAAUACACUCGAUAUUAUUGAUGAGGAUGCCUUCCAGGGUUUACCACAUCUUGAAUAUCUAUUUAUUGAAAAUAACAGAAUUGCAUCUAUAUCCCCAUAUGCUUUCCGGGGUCUGAAAUCGUUGAUUCAUCUGAGUCUGGCUUACAACAACCUUGAGACGCUGCCCAAAGAUGUCUUCAAGGGCAUGGACGCUUUGACCAAAGUGGAUCUACGUGGCAAUAACCUCAUAUGCGACUGCAAGCUUAAGUGGUUGGUGGAGUGGAUUCACCAGACUAAUGCCACCCUGGACCAGAUCUACUGCAGCGGCCCACCCAUUUACCAGGGGAAGAAGAUCAAUGACCUGCUGCCACACUCUUUUGACUGCAUCACAGCAGAGUUUGCCUCCUAUCAAUCCCUGAAGUUUGAGUCCAUUUCGGUGGGGGCAUUCACCUUUGGUGACGAUCAGUAUGUGGUUUUUGCCCAACCGUUUGCUGGGACAUGCAGCUUCCUGGAAUGGGAUCACGUUGAGAUGACCUUCAGGACUUACGACACCAUCGAAAGCACGUCCACUGUGGUCUGCAAGCCCAUGGUGAUUGAUGAUCACCUCUUUGUCAUCGUGGCCCAGCUGUUCGGGGGCUCGCACAUUUACAAACGGGACCCAUCUGCCAACAAGUUCAUUAAGAUCCAGGACAUUGACAUCCUGAAGAUUCGCAAACCUAACGACAUCGAGACGUUCAUGAUCGACAGAGAGUCUUUCUUUGUUAUAGCGGACAGUUCUAAGGCUGGCUCCACAACAGUGUACAAAUGGAACGGCAAUGGCUUCUACUCCCAUCAGUCGCUCCACCCGUGGUUCCGGGACACGGAUGUAGAACAUUUGGAGAUCUCCAACAAACCCCACUUGAUCUUGUCAAGCAGCUCCCAGAGGCCCGUCGUCUAUCAGUGGAACAGGAGUCAAAAACUGUUUGAACGCAGGACCGACAUACCGGAUAUGGAGGACGUUUUCUCUGUCAAACACUUCAGGGUCAAAGGUGAGCUGUUUAUAUGCUUGACAAGAUUCAUCGGGGACUCCAAGGUGAUGCGCUGGGACGGUGCCAUGUUCAAGGAGGUCCAGACAUUUCCUUCCCGCGGCUCCAUGGUGUUCCAGCCUGUCUCCAUCGGCAACUGGCAGUAUGCCAUCUUGGGAAGCGAUUAUUCACUGACGCAGGUCUACCAAUGGGACAGCGAGAGUGGCCAGUUUGUCCCAUCCCAGGAGCUCAAUAUCCAGGCGCCUCGAGCAUUCUCUCUGGUUUCCAUUGACAGCCGGGUGUUCCUGCUCGCAUCAAGCUUCAAGGGAAAAACUCAGAUCUACGAGCACCUCAUGAUCGAUUUGAGUAAUUAAACAUAAAAGGUUUCAUUUGGGACGAGUUAUGUUACACUACAAUUUAAAUGAUUUUCUUCCGCGAUUCGUUUUUUUAGUCUCAUUAAAAUCCACCAGCAAUGCCCACCAAAGUUUAAACACUACAACGUUUUAAGCAAAAGCUUACUGAGUACCACUAUCUCAAGAGGUUUGUUAAAAAAACUGUUAAGGACCCCUAGGACGAGAUGAGUUGGUCGGAAUUCUUAAUUUUGUGUCUAAUCAUUGAGUUUCUUUUAAUAAGUCUGACCCCAUUUCCAUUAGAUUGAAAAUAUAUUUUACUAUGUCCCUGAUGUUUUUGUAAACUGCUGGUUCUGCGUCGUUUUGAUAAUAUUUUCAUCUUGAUUUAUCACUAUUUGGAAAAUUGCCUUAUUAUCCAUUUGAAAAACUAAAUUCCACUCAAAGUGCAAAGUGACUAGUAUCUUUCAGGAAACACAAGCUAUCAAAUUAUCACUUUUGUCUUUUAUUCAACACUGCAGAUGUAAUUUUUUGUACAGUUUUUUUAACACACAGUAUACACUUUUCUCAGUUUUGCUAGUGAUAGGAAAGAUGUAGGAGUUUUGUAGUGCUAAAGACUGAAUAAUAGGCAGUAGGGGAGUCAUUUUGAGGGAGAGGGAGUCAGAUUGAAGUGUACAGUUUUGCGUAGAAACUUAAUACAAAAUAGAGAUUUUUUUCUUAAUUCAAGUCUUCUUUAAUUUAACAAAGCAUUUCAGGAAAAUUGACUUCAAAGUUAAAUGUCAUUACAUAAGAUUAUUCACAAUGGAAUGUAAGCUUCUGAAAUAUGUGGACAAAGUAUGAUAGCAAUGGGUAAUUUGAAGCAAACAUGGCAAAGUCUGGGUUGCUAUAUACCUUUUACCGGACAAUAUCACAAAUAUAAAAGAAUCAAAUAGGACUUAUAUCCCAAGUUUUAUGAUAACGUUUCAGCAUCAACUGUAGUUACCAAUAUCAGGGGCAGUUUGUCACUGUAAGACCUGAGAAUACUACAAGCUUACAACCAAACAAGGGUCAAAUGUGGACUAAUUGCUGGGGAUUAUAUACAUUCUUCAAGCGAAAUUUAGCAGCUAGUCAACUUAUACUUCAUCAGUCUUUUUUAAUCACAAGGGAUGGACAAAGUGCUUGUACGUUGGUCAAAAUACAAAAGUAAUUCAAUAGAAAUGUACUUAAUUUACAAAAAGUAAAAUUACUCAUUAUAAAGAUCCAUUUCAGACUAAUAUUUGAAUCACUUUCAAAUAUGCAGAUUGUAAAGGAGGAGCUGAUUUUAUUUUUGUACUAUAUACUGCUGGAUGGCUUGUGAAUUCAACCGGGUUCAAUAUACUUUUAUCUUUAUUUGUAAUAACACUUGAUAAAAUAUUUGUUGAUAGCACUUUGUCAUAUUCAACUAAAUCUUCGAAGUAACUACAGUUAUCAAAUAGUGACUGUCCACGACUGGUUAUAACCUACAACUUAGAGUAGUGACCCUAAUAUAUGAAAUGAACAAUCCACUAAACACUGUGAGAAAAACACCUUCUCUAUCCUGUCUAGUGUAUGACCAUCAUUAAGCAAGACUGCAUGCAUGACACCGACACUCAUAGUGUUUAUUCCUGAUGAAUAACUUGCUAGAAGCGUCCCACUGUGUCACAUAUACCCCACUCUUUCACUGCACUCUUGCCUCUUUUCUCCCUCAUUGACAAAAUCCAUUGUUGUCUUUACUCCCCAACUAAAAAGCCAACCACUGUGCAGCACCUGGUACCUGUGCUUUUACACUGUCUUCUUAUUCUGACACAAAGGAAAAAGAUAACAACUAACAAGGUCACUGAUUUGCCAAAUAUAAUGUUUACGUUUUUACAGUACUGUGUAAAGUAAUUUAUAUGAUAUAGCUUUUUUGUAUGUAGGGACCACACUUAAUCUUUUAUUUUUCUUAGAUAUAGAACAUAAUGUAGACGAGGAUCACCUCCUUCCUGCAAAACUGUGUAGUCUAAUCUAGUUAGGUAAGGAUGGAGGAUGUUACUCUUUCGUCAUCUUGCUCAUUGUAUUUUAUGUACCGUGGUAAUAAAAUACUAAAAUGUGGAAUCAGA